GUAUUACUUCCUGUGACGUACUACUUCGUACAGUGAGAAGAGGAGUCGCCGCCGUUGUGCUCUUUUUGCUGUGCUGAUCGGAGCAGUUGGACGUUGAUUCAUUACAAUGCCUGGUCCUGCAGCAAGUUCUACCAAUGUUGGGGCUUCCAGCCGAUCCCCAAGUAAAGCUGUCGCGCCCAGAGCGGCAGGGUCUACUGUGAGACAAAGGAAAACUACAAGCAGUAGUGCAAGAAGUUCAGGGCGAACUACAUCUGCUGGUACAGGGGGCAUGUGGAGGUUCUACACAGAGGACUCUCCUGGCCUUAAAGUGGGACCCGUUCCAGUGCUUGUGAUGAGUCUCCUUUUUAUUGCUUCUGUCUUCAUGCUCCAUAUCUGGGGAAAAUACACACGCUCAUAAAAACUCUUGCUCUCUAGUUUAUCGGACCAAAUAUUUUUUGGACUUCUAAGACCUGAAAUCUUGCAUCAAAACACCAACGUAACUUGGUUUCCACAGACUUCUGGAAACGUCUUUUUUUGUACAACAGUUAAUGACCAUAUUUGGAAAUGUUUCUCCCAGUCUGUACAAAAAUAAAUUGUACAAUGCCCAGUACCAAUAGCUGAAAA